GCUAGGAGCCGUGGGGAGAGGAGCGGCGGCCCGAGCCCGUCCCGUCCGGGCGGCCGCGAAACUUUUCCGAGGGCGCGGGGCAGGAGUCUCAAAGAUGAAUACUACAGUAAUGAGCCCACUCACUGUUACUCCACUAGGCUUUAUUCCAGACUUAAAAAAUGCCACCCUUGUGCCUUUCAAUGAGACUGCAUGUGAAAAUUGGAAAGAGAUUCAUCAUCUUGUUUUCCACGUGGCAAAUAUUUGCUUUGCAGUUGGACUGGUUAUUCCAACUACUCUGAAUUUUCAUAUGAUUUUUCUGCGAGGCCUGCUCACCAUAGGAUGUGCAUUGUUCAUCAUUUGGGCUACACUCUAUCGUUGUGCCUUGGACAUAAUGAUCUGGAAUUCUGUGUUUUUGGUUGUCAACCUUUUACAUUUCAUAUAUCUAGUGUAUAAAAGAAGACCGAUCAAGAUAGAGAAGGAGCUUAGCAGCCUCUACAAGAGAAUGUUUGAACCUCUCCAUGUGCCUCCAGAGCUCUUCCAAAGACUAACUGGACAAUUCUGCAACAUUCAGACCUUAAAGACAGGUCAAGCCUAUGCUGCAGAAGAUAAAACAUCAGUUGAUGAUAGGCUAAGCAUCCUGCUGAAGGGGAAAAUGAAGGUGUCUUAUCGAGGGCAUUUUCUGCAUAAUAUUUACCCCUGUGCCUUUAUAGAUUCUCCUGAAUUUCGAUCAACGCAGAUGAACCGGGGUGAGAAAUUCCAGGUCACCAUUAUUGCGGACGAUAACUGCAAGUUCCUGUGCUGGUCCAGGGAAAGGCUGACUUAUUUUCUGGAAUCUGAGCCAUUUCUUUAUGAGAUCUUUAAGUAUCUUAUUGGCAAAGAUAUUACAAAUAAACUCUAUUCAUUGAAUGACCCAACCUUAAAUGACAAGGCUUCAAAAAAGAUUGAUCGACAGCCUAGUCUUUGCUCACAGAUCUCUGUGAUGCAGAUGAGAAACAGUAUGGCCAGUACCAGUGACAGUGAGGAUGGCUUGCAGAUGUUUCUUCGCGGGACUUCCUCUGCAUCCUCUCUUCGAAAUAACCAACAAGAGUUCUAUAAUGCUUAUGGAGUGAGUCGUUUGCAGCAUGAUGUUUUCUGUUGAUAACAUCACAUUAACUCAGCAAGCAUCCUCAAAAAGGCCCAGGCCGAACAUCUCCCUACCUGAGAACUUCCACAAAAAUGAAGCCAAUAGAAGAAAGUGUUGAAGAUGAUGUCUUUGAAGCACCAUCUGCUGAUAAGCUUGAACUCCAGCAGCUGCCUUAAAUAGGUCUGUCUUCAGGUGUAUCUGGGCUUGCCCAAAGCUGCAGUGCAAGAGGAAGAAGCUGAAUUUGAGGGGAAUCUGAAAGCUAAAACCACCUCUCCAUGUUUGAUUUUGCCACAGUGGCUUCUAGAUGAAAUGUCACGUUUUACUUUACUUCUAAAUAAAAUAGAUAAAAAUC